GUGCAAUUCCAAGGGUUGAAAACAUGGAAAUAUUAUUUUGCCUUGUUAUUAACUCAUUCCAAAGAAAAGAAGAGAAUUAUUCAAUAUUGUCAGUCUUAACAGCUAGCACUUCAUAAUAUCGUUCCUUUCUAGCCUUUCAAUCCUCAACAAAAUCUCUAGUGCCUUAACCUUUCUGGUCCUAUCUUUCUCCUUCUUUCCUCUACCUUAACUUCACUCACCAACUCAUUCUAUCUUCUUCUGCUAUACUUACUCAUUAAAGUGAUAUUUCCCCCUCUCUAUGUACUUUGAUUUUGCUUCAUAAAUAAGUACAUGAGAUUGCUUCAAAAGGCUAUAUUUUGAAGACAAUAAACUGAUAAAAUAUAUCCUUUUGAAGACAUGUCUAUGUUGGAUCUUAAUGUUGACAUAAUCCAUGUUGAUGAUUACUCAACUAAUGUUCAAAAGGGGUUGCAACUUCAAACUUUUCCACAUGAAAUAUCAGAUUCUAGAACCUCCAACUCUUCUGUUUCGAAUCCAACAGACGAAUAUUCCUCAAACAAUUCAGUUCCUUUCAACUUUGACCUGUUGAAGAAAGAAAAUGAUGUCUCGGAAACAAUCACAAGGACCCUUUUCCCUGUGAGUGCUGAUGGAGGAGGUAGAUUAUGUGAUUCCAAUUCCAUUAAUCAAAGGUUGAACUUUGAUGAUCAAAAUGGACACAGAACCUUGCAGCAAAAGCAACCUAGGAAAAGUAGGAGAGGACCAAGGUCUCGAAGCUCACAGUUCCGGGGUGUUACCUUCUACCGUAGGACGGGUAGAUGGGAGUCACAUAUAUGGGAUUGUGGGAAGCAGGUCUAUUUGGGUGGAUUUGACACUGCUCAUGCUGCUGCAAGAGCAUAUGAUAGGGCUGCUGUUAUGUUUAGGGGAGUUGAUGCUGAUAUAAACUUCAUUUUAAGUGAUUAUGAAGAGGAUUUGAAGCAGAUGAGAGGUUUGAGCAAGGAAGAAUUUAUUCAAAGACUUCGUAGACAAACCAAUGGAAACUCAAGAAGAAGUUCAACAUACAGAAGUAUAUUACCUCUUCACAAAUAUGGUCAAGAAGAUCCACCAUAUGUGGCAAAAACAUUUUGUCACAAGUCACACAUGAAGGAAACCAGUUUUAAGGCCUCUACUACUUAUAAGGGAGAAAUAAUUGCAAAUUCCAACAAAUUACAUCAUCUUGAUUUGAGUCUAAGGAUUUCACCAUCUUCCAAACAAUUGGAUAACAAUAAUUCUGGAGUUGGAUUUUCUUCUGCAUGUACCACCUAUAUGAUACCUCAAGAAAGGGGAACAAUGGAGAUGGCUUUGUUAAACAUUAAAAAGGAAGUUCCUUGCAACAAGUAUUGGCCUGGCAAUUUUGCAGCAAUGGGAGAAGAAUUGCAUUAGGGUCGUUGCAAUCAAAUGCAGCAGCAUCAUCAGGAUUCGUUUCCACACUUCCUCCAAUCAACUCACAUACAAUUUCAUCAUUGUCUCAACCACAAUAUUAUAGAUGAUCAUGAAUAUAAUGUUGUAGCUAACUAAAGCCUUUAUUUUUUCUUGAGGCAAGAGUAGCUAUAUAAAGCCAUAUUCAACGAAUUGAUCAAUUACUUUGCCAUCUUCAA